GAAUCUCAGUUUCCGGGACGAGGUGAAAUGGCGGGGACGGUGGCUCUGGUGUGGAUUCGCGGUCCCGGUUUCGGGUGCCGGGCGGUGCGGGCUGCCUCAGCCCCCUGCUCCGUCCGAGACUUUAUCCACCACCACUGCCAAGAUCAGGAUGUUCCAGUGGAAUGCUUCUUUGUCAAACGUGACGGAUUGCUCGUUGACACCAGUGACACAGUGCGGCAUGGAGCUGUUUACAGUUUGGAACCCCGACUUCGCGGUGGCAAAGGAGGUUUUGGGUCUAUGCUCAGAGCACUUGGUGCUCAGAUUGAGAAGACAACCAAUCGAGAAGCUUGCAGGGACCUAAGUGGAAGGAGACUACGGGAUGUCAAUCAUGAAAAAGCAAUGGCUGAAUGGGUAAAACAACAGGCUGAGCGAGAAGCUGAAAAGGAGCAGAAGCGCCUAGAAAGGCUGCAGCGGAAGCUCACAGAACCCAGGCACUGCUUCACCAACCCCGACUACCUGCAGCAGUGCCACGAAAUGGCUGAGCGUCUGGAGGAUUCCGUCCUCAAAGGUAUGCAGGCCGCCUCCAGCAAGAUGGUGUCAGCAGAGCCCGGCGAGACUCGGAAGCGGCCGAACAAGUCAAAAACAGACAGAGGAUCCAGUGCAGCGAAAAGGAAGUGCUUUUGGUUGGGCGUGGACGGGCUGGAGGCUGCGGAGGGGUCCGGCUCCGGCUCCGGCUCCGGCAGCUCAGACGAAGACAGUGAAGAAGCACCUGGCACCUCAGGAGUGAGCUUUCCUGUUCUGAAAAGUGACAGGGACGGGGCUGCGACGGCAGCCGAGUUUCCCAGUGGUUCUCAGAAGGCAGGAGUAUUGAGUGCAGACUGUGGCUCACCUGAAAAACCACAGAGCCAUGUGACCGGCUCGGGGAACGGCAUUGCAGGAGCCGUGCAUGCUCAGCUGGGAGAGGCGGCUGCCGGGGACUGUGUGCGAAGACAGGCGGAAGCACAGGCAGAGAGCACCCAGGAGCAAACGGAGGCCGAGAGCAGAGGAGCCGUGGAAGAGGAAGCAACUGGGGCUGGACUGAGGAAGGAGAGGGAGACAGGAGAAGUAACCGAUGGGGAGCGAGCGGCCUGGGCGACACCUGGAGCCGACGAGGAACACAUGACCGUUGCUGCCACACCAGAGGACAGCCAGCCAGCAAGCACAGCUAUUGCUCAGGAGUCUCUAGAUCUGCUGGCCUUCAGCUCUGUGGCGGAAGUGGAGCGUCUGGGGCUGGAGAAGCUCAAGUGCGCCCUGGCGGCCCGGGGGCUGAAGUGCGGGGGCACCCUGCAGGAGCGGGCCGCGCGCCUCUUCUCUGUGCGGGGGCUGGCCAAGGAGCAGAUAGACCCGGCGCUGUUCGCCCGGCCUCCCAGGGGGAGGAAGAGAUGAAUGCCCCCCAGCUGAUGUCCCACCGCUUCCCGUCCACCCCUUCCAGCCUGCAUCGUGUUGGCUCUCGGCCGUUAUUCUGGUUGAUACUCAAGCUGAUUUGUUUCGGAGGCUUUUUAUGAGUGAGGCAACUGAAGACAUAUGCCAGGGAGCGAGAUCUCAGAUGCUCCCAAAGCUGACUCUGCAAUACCCCAAUUCUGGCUCUCGUCUUUCCCAUUACUGCUUUUCCAGAAUUAAUGUGUGACACCAUCUGGGCAUGAUAUUUUUGAGGGAAGGUUUUUUUAAUAACAUUUAAUUUAAUAAACAUAAAGUUAUUCAGAUUUUUUGUUUCAUCUUGUGUCAUUUAGGUAAGUUAUAUUUUCAAGGAAUUUAUGCAUUCGACCCAGGUUGUCAGGUUUGUGGACAUGUGUAGAGACUGCAGUGGUAACUUCAUUUGCCUCUGAGUUUUAAAUGAUGUUCCUGAGAGGAAGAAAGGUUGAUCUUCAGAGUAUCAGCAGGGAUUCUCUCUCUGUUCUAUUGCAAGUGUGGUUACCACACGGAAAAGAGCCAGUCAAUGGGAGGUCUUGGGCAAAGCUGGACAGUAAAUAGUUAUUUAAGAAAUUACAUGGCUAUUCAGAGAGCUCACAGGGCUUAAAGUAUUAAAGAAAAACAUUUUCUGUGAUGCCAAAUUAUGCCGCAAUUUGCUGGC